AUGCGGGUAACAUGCCAGGAUACGGAUUCCUGUGGCAGGAUGCAGGCGCUGUACUGUGAUGCAGAAACCUGUACCAGUGUGCAGCUCGACCCCGAAAACACCGGCUUCAUUGGGGUGGAGACGUUCGCCAGCCUCGUCCCCAGCCAUGAGCUGCCCCUGGACCCCGCCAAGCUGGACAUGCUGGUGGCCCUGGCACAGGGCAACGACGAGGGGCAGGUCUGCUAUCAGGAGCUGGUAGACCUGAUCAGCAGCAAGCGCUCGAGCAGCUUCAAGCGCGCCAUCGCCAACGGGCAGCGAGCCCUGCCCCGCGACGUGUUGCUGGACGAGACCGGCCUGGGCUUCUACAAGCGCUUCGUCCGCUACGUGGCCUACGAGAUCCUGCCCUGUGAGAUGGACCGGCGCUGGUACUUCUACCAGCACCGCACGUGUCCGCCCCCCGUCUUCAUGGCAGCCGUCACCCUCACCCAGAUCAUCGUGUUCCUCUGCUACGGGGCCCGCCUGAACAAGUGGGUGCUGCAGACCUACCACCCCGAGUACAUGAAGAGCCCCCUGGUCUACCACCCCGGGCACCGGGCGCGCGCCUGGCGCUUCGUCACCUACAUGUUCAUGCACGUGGGGCUGGAGCAGCUGGGGUUCAACGCCCUCCUGCAGCUGAUGAUCGGGGUGCCCCUGGAGAUGGUGCACGGCAUCCUGCGCAUCAGCUUCCUCUACCUGGCUGGCGUCCUGGCAGGAUGA